CCCUGUCCUGUUGUCACCUGAGCGAAACCAGCUCAUCACAUCCAUCCAGCCUUUCGGUCACCACAACGUUUCUUCAUCACUUUGAUCUUUAUUUUCUUCUGGAUUUUCCUGAGAACAGAAUAUAUAAAAUAUACAAUGCUGCUUUUUCACCUCUACACAAACUGCUUUUUCUUAUAGCUAACAGCUUCGCCCUUUUCCCUACAAACAACAAAAACAGGUGUAAUGUGAUGUGGAGCCCUGCAUUUGUCCCCAAGGCGUCAGUAUCCUUAUCAAUACCAGUAUCAGUAUCAUCAUCAGAGAUAUCGCCCCCAUGUCUCCAGCAUCAUCCGGGCCAAACAACACAAAUUCAGUUCCCCAUGACCAAACCGAGAGAAGGAGAGAAGAGCAGAGGCCCCAACAGCAGUCACUGAUUGAGGCAGUGUGGCGCGAGUCACACUGGAAAUGCCUUCUACUCACACUGCUCAUUUAUGGUUGUGUAUUCGCUAUGACAUGGUGCUGCUUGGCCAAGGUGACACGACUCAGCAUCGAAAGUAACGUCAAGAGCAGAACGGUGGUGUAUCAUGACAGUGCCUGCUCUGAUGGUUAUGUCUAUAUCCCUGUGGCAUUUUUAUUUACUCUUUAUAUGCUGUACUUGGUGGAGUGUUGGCACUGUUCAAUGCGCUUCAACCUGCAGUAUAAAGGGGAUUUGGAGAGUAUAGUGGAGCGGGUGCAGCAUAUGCAGCAGGCCACACCGUGCAUCUGGUGGAGGGCCAUCAGUUACCACUAUGUGCGACGCACACGUCAUGUGACCCGCUACCGCAAUAGUGAUGCCUACAGUUCCACACAGGUGAACCAUGAACGGGUCAACACGCAUGCAGCCGAGGCAGAGUUUGAUUAUGGAAACUGCGGUGCGAAGGACGUCUCCAAGCAGCUUGCAGGCAUGGAAGACUUUCCUAUCACCAAACUCCGCUUCACCAAAUGCUUUAGCUUUGCCAACGCAGAGUCAGAGAACUCCUAUCUGACACAGAGAGCACGGUUCUUCGCAGAAAACGAGGGGCUGGAUGACUACAUGGAGGCUCGUGAGGGCAUGCACCUUAAAAAUGUGGACUUCAGGGAGCAUGUAAUGGUAAUCUCAGGUCAACUGCCAUGGUUUUUGAGGCGCUGCGUGUUUUGGACAGCAGCGGUGAUGACAUUCUCUUGGCCCUUGCGUAUUCUGACCGAGUAUCGCACAGCUUAUCUUCACUACCACGUAGAGAAGCUGUUCGGGUUUAAUUAUUUACAUUACUGCCACCAGAUCUCCAGGGUGAACACAAUCGAUAGCACCGAGCUUGAGUGGCACAUCCGCUCCAACCAGCAGCUGGUGCCCAGUUACUCUGAGGCUGUGCUGAUGGAUUCAAAUGUGUCGGGCCGAGACUCAUUCUCCCCCCAGAACUGUGAGCGCUGCCGUAGGGCCUUGAGUGGCUCGUCCAUUUUUUCUCGCAGUGCCCUGAGUCUUUUUUCAAUAGGUCAUGCAUAUGGCAGCCUGAAUGAAAGCUCUGCCCCAGAGCACCACCAGCCAUCUCCUCCAACCUAUCAGGAUGCAUUGCGCUUCCCUGUGCUGAUUGUGCACCGCAGCGAUGGCUGCCUCAGCCAUGAGCAUCGCUUACUCCAUCACAACGGCUCCUGCGUGGAGACGUCCUUAUGACAGACACAGGAAGUACUGAAGGACCUUUAAACUCAAAGACUGUGUGAAACUUCCUCUGUUUUACUUUGCUUUACCUUUACUCUGUUCUGCAUGUUUGUUCAAGGCCUAUUUAAUAUAGGAAAAAAAUACUAUGGGCUUGAAUCUGAAUCAGACCAAUAUUGAUGGCAAUUAGUCUCAAAAUGAGUUUAUUCCAAUAAUAAAAAAAACCCUCUGAUGUCAUGAUCCCUAUGUUGCUAUGUUGCAGCAUAUCAAAAUCAAUUUUGCCUAAAAAUUUUUUUCUUGAAAUUGUAACAUCUAUGUGGUAUGAAGACAAAUUAAAGGUUCAAGCUGAUGUAGAGAUUAAGGCUGAAAA